AGGUAUCUUGGGUCCACAACGUUAUCACAUAAUUUUCUGCUAACAUUGUUAACCAAAAAACUGACUUCAUUUAUUGACCCCUCAUUUUGAAGUUAUGUUAUGGUUUGUGCGGUUAUUAAUUUUCUAAACCUAUAAGAGAAGAAGCUUAGCACCGAGUAAAUUAAAUUGUACAAGAGAGUCGUCCAGUGCACCUGAGCCAUCUCUUAAAAAGUACAGAACUGUUUUGCAUGAAAAAAAUGUUCCAGAUCAUCCUCCAGUUGACCCCAACUCUUUCAGAAAGUCAUCACUUGCAUGCGACUACCCCAAUUCUCACGAAAAUCUUAUUCGCAAUAUAUUGUCAAAGCCUUUCCGAGUGCCAAUUAUUAACUAUAAUGGUAGUUCAAGUGAUGUAAGGGUCUUGGGUGUUCGUCGUAAUACAUCUAGGGUUGCUUUACAUGACCCUUUUGAAGAAGAUGCCCUAGUUUUGUAUUCACCUCCAGAAGUGACAGCCCAUGACGCUCUUAAACAAGAAUCAACUAAGAAGCUAGUUCAUGUCGUCGUCGACCCAAUGUUAUCGAAAAUUCUUCGUCCUCAUCAGCGUGAAGGUGUCAAGUUUAUGUAUGAUUGUGUUACUGGUGUACAAAUACCUAACAAUCAUGGAUGUAUAAUGGCAGACGAAAUGGGUCUUGGCAAAACAUUGCAAUGUAUCACAUUAAUUUGGACAUUAUUGCGUCAAGGUCCGGAAGGUAAACCAAUAAUCGACAAGGCAGUAGUUGUUACGCCUAGUAGCUUACUAAGAAAUUGGUACAAUGAAUUUCAAAAGUGGUUACACGGGAAAAUACAUCCAUUGGCUAUCGAUUCUGGGAGUAAGGAAGAUAUUGAUAGCAAAUUAGCUGGUUUUCUUUCACAAACCGGACGUCGAAUUCCUUCGCCAAUUUUAAUAAUCUCUUAUGAAACUUUUCGAUUGCAUGCUUCCGUUUUACACAAAGGUUCUGUGGGUCUAGUUCUCUGUGAUGAGGGCCAUCGUUUAAAGAAUUCUGAAAAUCAAACAUAUCAAGCACUAGUUCAACUAAAAUGUCCACGUCGUGUACUUCUUUCUGGGACACCAAUUCAGAAUGAUUUACUGGAGUAUUUCAGUCUAGUACACUUUGUCAAUAUGGGAUUAUUGGGUACAGCCAGUGAAUUUAGACGUCGUUAUGAAAUACCCAUUUUGCGUGGACGUGAUGCAGAUGCUACAAAGGAAGAUCAAAAGAAAGGUGAAGAGAUACUACAGGAACUUUUAGGUAUUGUGACACGGUGUAUUAUCCGUCGGACUCAGGCUCUACUCACAAAAUAUUUACCUGUGAAAAUUGAACAAGUAGUUUGCUGCAAUUUAGUUGGAAGUCAGCGUGAGGUGUAUUCAGAUUUUGUUAAACGAAUGGUACGUGAAGUUUCACUGAAAAUGAAUAGUGCAGAUGAUUCGCGUAAUGAUAAGUCUAGUCUGGCGUCUAUAACACAUUUAAAAAAGCUAUGUAAUCAUCCAGAUCUAGUAUAUGAGAAAAUGGUAGCAAAUACUGAUGGCUUUCAUAAUGCCCUUAGUUAUUUUCCAGCUAAUUAUCAAGGCUCACUUGAAUCUAACGCUUCUGUAAAACCUGAACUAUCUGGUAAAUUUCAAGUUCUUGACUGUCUUUUGGCCGUAAUUAAGUCUACAACGUCUGAUAAAGUUGUGCUCAUUUCAAACUACACUCAAACAUUGGAUCUCUUUGAACGUUUGUGCCUUCAAAGAGGGUAUAAUUUUGUACGACUAGACGGUACAAUGACAAUAAAAAAACGAGCAAAAGUUGUCGAACAGUUUAACGAUCCAACUUCACGUGAUUUUGUCUUUAUGUUGAGCAGUAAAGCUGGUGGCUGUGGUCUUAAUUUAAUUGGUGCUAACCGUCUUGUUAUGUUUGAUCCUGAUUGGAAUCCGGCUAAUGAUGAUCAAGCGAUGGCACGUGUAUGGCGCGAUGGUCAGAAGAAACAGUGCUACAUUUAUCGACUUAUUUCGACAGGUACCAUUGAAGAGAAGAUGCUUCAACGCCAAGCGCAUAAAAAAGCUCUCAGCAGUUGUGUAGUUGAUCAACAGGAAGAAGUUGAACGUCACUUUAGUCUCGAUGAUUUGAGGGAGCUUUUCAUGUACCAUUUUGAGACGUUAUCGGAUACUCAUGAUAGAUUCAAAUGUCGUCGUUGUGUCAAUUCUGUACAAAUAAAGCCUCCACCGGAAGGAACAGACUGUAAUUCAGAUUUUUCCCAAUGGAAUCAUUGUUACACGAAAAAGACGUUGAAUGAUUCAGUCCUGAAAGCAACUUGGGAUACUGGGUGCAUAUCAUUUGUAUUUUGGCAUUAUUCCCAUGAAGAACAACGUAAAACUGUAUAGUAUUUUUGUUUUGGUUGGUUGUAACAUGUGAUUGAUUUUCUUGAUUUUUUUAUUGGUUAUCUUAUGGUAUAGUGAAUUCAAUUUGUAAAAUUUUCUUAUUUUUGCACUCAAUCGGAAGAUACUAGGACUCUUUUUGUACUUAUUUUACAAUACAUGUGUUUUGCUUAUUUCA